AUGGGUGCAAUUGGAAGUGAGAGGUCAGGGCUGGGCCACUUUGUUUCCCUGGCACUGGCCCUGUUGGUGCUGCUGGAAGCUCUGGUCCAGGUGGAGACCAAGAAGAUGGUAAGAACCUAGUGUGCGGUCUGCCGUAGAGCAUGCUAUCCCAUCUGCUUCCUCCUGCUGCCUGCGCUCUGUGUUGGCUACUGUCUUCAGUCCCCUCAGCAACAGCAUCAAGUGUGCGGAGACAGGGAGCUGGAAGCAGACAGCACAAAGUGCCCGUCAGAGAAGACCACAGCCGGGGCCAGAUACCCCCACAGGAUGGACUCACUGCAGAAGCAAGAUCUCCGGAGGCCCAAGAUCCACGGGGCGGUCCGGGGGUCCCCCUACCAGCCGCCCACACUGGCCUACCUCCAGCGCUUGCUGUGGGUCCGUCGGGCUGCCAUGCUGAGCCACGUCAAUGAGGUCUGGCCCAACCUCUUCCUAGGAGAUGCAUAUGCAGCCACGGACAAGAGCAAGCUGGUCCAGCUGGGCAUCACCCAUGUCGUGAAUGUCGCUGCAGGCAAGUUUCAAGUGGACACAGGUGCCAAGUUUUACCGUGGAAUGCCCUUGGAGUACUAUGGCAUUGAGGCUGAUGACAACCCCUUCUUCGACCUCAGUGUCUACUUUCUACCUGUUGCUCGAUACAUCCGAACUGCCCUCAGUGUUCCCCAGGGCCGUGUGUUGGUACACUGUGCUAUGGGGGUGAGCCGCUCUGCUACAGUUGUCCUGGCCUUCCUUAUGAUCUGCGAGAACAUGACCCUGGUGGAGGCCAUCCAGACGGUGCAGGCCCACCGUGAUAUCUGCCCCAACUCGGGCUUCCUCCGGCAGCUCCAGGUUCUGGACAACCGACUGGGGCGGGAGACAGGGCGACUCUGACUAGGUGAGCAGCCGGGAGCCCUGACCCUCUAGCCAGCAUGGCCUAACCCAGCCAGCCUGGCCCUGGGGACAGCAGCCUCUGCUGUUUCCAAAGACCUUGAGGUAUAAAUAGCAAGUGGGGGUUUAGCUGAGGCAGAAGCAGGGAGAACUGAGUGGUGACCUUUUGCAGGUGGAUUUCCCUGACCCAAUCCAGAGAUUCUUUAUACAAAAGAGAGUUCAGUCUGUCUCUAUAAUAAAAGGUUCAUCAU